UGACAGGGAUAAGUUGGAUGGGAGCAGUUGGAAAAGAAGAGAGAGGCAACAAAUCAGAGGGAACACAUAUAGAGAUUGUUAAAAAAUACCUAAAAGAGUGCCACAGUGGAUCCUGCAAACAGGCAUGAAUAAUCGCUCUAUCACCUGGUGGCUGAGACAGAUCGGCCUGCCACAGUACACCAAGACCCUAGAGAGUGAAUAUUAUGGUCUGGAGGGUUUGCUGUAUGUAACGGAUGGAGGGCUGAAAGAUGCUGGGAUAGAAAAUGCAGCACACAGAGAAAUAAUCCUCAUUCAGCUUUCAAGAGAUCGACAGAGGCUGGACCCGCUUUCUGCUUCAUUUUUACCAGACAAAUAUGGGAAUGAUUAUCAGAUUGUGAAGGGCAGAGUCAGUCGAAAUUACUCCGUGGGAUCAUCAUCGGACCUGCCAAAGGAUCUGUUUCGUCAGAGUGUUCUUCCCCGUCUCCAUCGUGCGGACAAGAAACACCGUUUGUCCGCUUCCUGCUCGCAGCUCCGCCCUCUGGACGAGGACAACGCUCUUAGUCAUGAGGGCAAACACAGCAAGAGGAAGAGUAUCAGUGCAUACUUCAGCCACCUGAAGAUGUUUGGCGGUCGGAAAGAGAUGGAGAUUUUGAAGAAGGAGUUUGAAGAGGAGCUGAAACUGAGCACAGAAGAUCUGAGGAGCCAUGCAUGGUACCACGGACCGCUGACCCGGGAGGGUGCAGAAUCUCUGUUUGAGAGGGACGGGGACUUCCUCGUCCGAGACUCAAUGUCCGCUCCUGGAGACUGUGUUCUAAGCUGCUGCUGGAAGAAUAGUCCGCAGCACUUUAAGAUAAUAAAAGUGGUUCUUCGGCCUAAAAAGGGAUACUCCCGGGAGCUGUUCCAGUUUGAGGACGAUCGCUUCGACAACAUUCCUGCUCUGAUCCGAUUUUAUGUGGGCGGGCGCCGACCCAUCUCACAGGCUUCAGGGGCCAUCAUCUUCCACCCGAUCAAUCGGACCCUUCCUCUGCGUGUCAUCGGUGAGCGUCAAACAGAGCCUAAAAACAACAGCAGCACUAAAGGCAGAGGAGGAGAAAACCAGUCUGGGAGCAGCAAAAGAUGCAGCUUGAGUUCCUCCCAAAAGGGCACGCUGCAGGUCAUCAAUCCCCUGCUAAGGAGUGGAAGCCAGCCUGCUAACUUGGAGAAUGUUGGACGAAGGCCUUCGCUUCAGUCUGCGCAGUCUGACAGCAAUCUACGAACUGGAGCACCAGAGACCACCCAGCCAGAAGACACAGGCCCCGACCCCAUUUCUCCUGUGUUUCGCACAGGCAGCGAACCCCUGCUGAGCCCAAGAACACAUCAGACGCGGCCCUCCCAUCCAGGUGGUGGGGAAACUUUGCGAGGUUCAGAUGGGCAACUGCAUUCCAGAGCUCCUCCUAAGCCUCUCAGGGUCUCUACUGUCUUCUCCAACGCCACACCUCCUCCUUCCACAGACCCAGAUGAAGACCCCUCAUCAUUCUACAGCGAGCUUGUCAUACAGGUCCCUCGGUCUCAGAGGAAAGGCCAUGUGGACCGACUGCGAGCAGAGGAGAAGUGGCAGAGCCGUGCACAUCUCACAGAGACUUCCUUUGGGUUUUUGGAGGCAGAGAACAACGGAACAUCCUCACAUCUGCUGUUUGAAAAAGAGCUCCAGAGGAAAGCAGCAGAGGAAGGGAGAGACUGGCAUUUUGAACAGCCACAAAUAGAGACAUCAUCCUGUUUUCAGUUGGACCAGUUCAAGUCGCUGCUCUUGCCAGACCACAACAGGCCUCUGGAGUCUAAUGUUCUGCUCACAAUCAAAGAGCUCUUCAGCCGUUCAGAUGCCAAAACUCUUGCUUUGCACAUGCUCAGUGUUGACUGUCAGGUAGCACGCAUCGUCGGUGUGACUGAUGAGCAGAAGAGGAUUAUGGGAGUGAAUUCAGGAUUGGAGCUUGUUACUCUGCCACAUGGACACCAGUUACGACAGGAUUUGAUGGAAAGGCAUCAUCUGAUAACUCUGGGUGUGGCUGUAGACAUACUGGGCUGCACGGGGACUGUGAACCAGAGAGCAACAGUUUUACACAAAGUAAUCCUGUUGGCUGAGGCCCUGAAAGAAAACGUGCACAACCUUUUCUCCUUCUCAGCUGUUAUGAAGGCUCUGGAAAUGUCCCAGAUAGUGCGGCUGGAGAUGACAUGGAGAGCGCUGAGGAGGAACCACACAGCAAGUGCAGUUUUGUAUGAGAAGAAACUCAAACCCUUCAUGAACUCGCUGAUCGAAGGAGAUGGUUCUGUAGUCCAGGGUCCCAUUGCUGUGCCGCACCUGGUUCCUCUUGUUAUGGUGAUGGAGGGUGAGGACCCAGUGGAAAAUGGUGAGCGGGGCUGUGAGGUGCUGUACAACGUCCUCCAGGCAGCUCGCAGUGCUGCCUUGCACUCUCAGGAUCACCAGAAGCACGCAGAGUCUCUGCUCACAGGCUGGGAGCCGGUCCCUGAGCUGUUGGAGGCUUUGCGGACAGAGUUCGCCCUGCGGCUGUUCUGGGGUCAGCAAGGAGCGGUUGCUGACAAAAAGGAGCGAUACGAGAAGUUUGACAAGAUCCUUUGUGUUCUUUCCGAUAAACUGGAACCUGUGGAGGUCACUCCACAACAGCCAGGGGCUUUAACCUAAACCAGUUUCUCCAGGAGGAAGCUGGCAGCCGGGCUUCUACAUAAGUGGAAAAAGGGAAUAACAAUGUUCUAACUGAGCCUUGAUUUGUUUAGAAAUGGAGGAUAUCGCGGUUAUGAGAUCUUUACUUGGUGAGACGAGAGACUAUUUGUAAAGUUUGUGAGAUGACUACUUAAUUUUAACUGGAGCAUGUGAGCAAAUGUUUGCUGUGAAAGCUUGGUUUAUUAAAAGUAUUUUAUUACUUGAGAUUUUAAUGGAGUAACUUGAACAUUUUCCAAUUGAGCUUUUGAUCCUGUUGCCACUGAGCUGCUUUUGUUUGGGAUUUCAUUGUAAAUAAUGUUUUUACAUUUUGGGGUUUGCGUUGUAAUAAAAUUCUUUACUUUAAAA